AUGAUGGCCUCGUAUACCCUCCGGACAGCCGCCGCGCUGUGCGCUCUUCUGGGUCUCGCCGCCGCGCAAUCGAUCUCGCCUGCGAAUGCCACGACGGCGAAUGGAUUGGAGACUGAAGGGUUGAAUGAUAGUCUACAACUCGCAAUUGCGCACUCGCCGGAUAGCACGUCGAUCACGGUAUUUCCUGUCGCUGGGCUGACCAGUUCGGCGAUCCAUUACACGCCGAACGAAGGCUACCGCGGCCCUAUCCUCCUCGCCAACGCCUCGAGCCAGCUCAGCCUCGACCCGCAAGACGUCGCCUUUAUCUCGUGCGAUCCCUAUACCGGCAACAUCCAACCCUCGGACGUCUUCAGCGCCGCUGCAGGUGACAAUGUCUCAGCCAUCGUCCUGUACUCCGAGCGCUCGGCUGGCUGCAUGUUCAACGAAGACACCAACAACGAGUACGGUCGCGUGUAUAGCAUGAGGACAUCGAAUAGCACGAAAGAGAUGUUGGAGUUGGUGAAUAGUUUGAAUACCGGGAACAACGGAAACAACGCCCAGUCGGCGUAUGCGUUUGUCGCGCCGCGCGAUGCGAUUUCGAGUACCAGUUCGAGCAACGGGACUGCGAACGGGACGGGGAAUGGCAAUCAGCAGCAGAAUGCGCUGGGACCCUCUCCCAGUACGGCUGUGGCGAUGAUUAUUCUGUACUCGAUCACGGGUGUCAUCACAGCUCUGUUCUUGAUUAUCAUCAUCAUGGGCGCGGUCAGGGCUCAUCGACAUCCGGAGAGAUAUGGACCUCGCAAUGGAAUCGGCAGGCCGAGGCAGAGUCGAGCACGAGGACUUGCGAUGGCGAUGUUGGAGACGAUUCCGAUUGUGAAGUUUGGGGAUCGCGAGCAGAAUCCCAAGGCGAGUGAUGUUGAAUUGGCGGAAGGACAGCAUGGUCAGGUUGAGGUCGUGCCGGAGCAGGAUGCUAUAAGAGCUGCACCAAAUGCAAACGCCACGGACGAAGAAGCGAAUAAAGAUGGCGCCCAUGAAACGAGUAGGGAGCCACAGACGCCUGCGGCAGAGGACGGAAUUGGCGGAGCCGUGGCCAACGAACAACCCAAGCCAAACGAAGAACACCAAGGCUGCAGCAUCUGCACCGAAGACUUCCAAGUCGGCGAAGACCAGCGUGUCCUGCCUUGCGACCACCGCUUCCACCCAGCAUGCAUCGACCCCUGGCUAUUGAACGUAUCCGGAACCUGCCCAUUAUGCCGAAUCGAUCUUCGUCCCGACAACGAGGACGAAGACGGGCCUGAGGACCCGGACCACAUCCUCCGUGAAGGCGAGCCGGGUGAGAUGCCGCCACCUCUAGCAGAGCAGAACGAUUCUCGUCGCGCGAGUGUGCGAAGAAGUAUCCUCGCGGGCGUAAUGGGUGUACGUCGACCGGAACGCAUGACGAGGGAGGAACGUGUAGCCGCGUUGAGACAGUACCGCGCGCAGCAGAAUGCCAGGACCGUGGCGGAACGGCAUCAGAGUGUCUCUGAGAACAAUCUGGAGACUGUCGCUGAAGGACAGGAGGAAGAAGGCGAGACCUCUGUGCGGAGGCGGCUGAGGAAUGCGUUUAGGAUACGGACGAGGAGGACGGGAGAGGAGCAGCAAGAGGAUAGGGAUAGGAGGAGGGAUGGGACGUUUGCUGGGGGUGUCGGACGGGCGUAG